ACCAAACCUUGGAAAUGGCCACGUGUUGUUUUGUUUGACUUGGUAUUUUUGCGUGACACCAGAUCUUAAAUGUGAUUGGUUAGUUAUAUAGGUCAAUAGCAAUAAAGUUCUCGGAAAUUUGCUACUUCUUGUCGUUCUCAACAAUUUUAGGUCUGUCAGACUAAAAUAUGAAUGCAAUUUAUACCUUUCUAACUACAAUUCGAGCCAAAAGAAGAGAUGAAAAGCCUGUUCAAUACCUUCGACAUAUUCCCUUUCACUUUGGACGUUAUUGGUUUGAUUAUUUCAAUCCAUCACAGUUUGAAGAUUCGUGGACGGUGAUCUGGUUCAGUGUAUCCUAUGGUAUUAACCCUAUUCUCGGUUCGUUGGCCUGGUUAUCGAGAAAACGCAAAUCAGAAUUGAUGAUCAAAGGAUGUGAUCAGCUCAGUACAAGAUACAUUGAGAAAGACAUCAUAAAAACACUAAAGAAUGACUUGGACAAUGACUGCUUCCAACUUGUUGAGAGGGCCUGGGACCAAGAUCUGGAUAAUGGACAGCAACCAGUAAUUGUGUUUUGUAGCAUUUCUUCGCGAAUCGGAACAGACAUAGAAAACGCGAUGAGAGGGGUGCAUGGUAACAGUCGUGUCAUACUAGUGUUACUACACAGUGUUCUCAGCAGUUUGUUAAGAGGUGACCUGUCUGAUGACGAAGAACUUCUGGAUCCCACAAUGAUAGACAGAAUGACAGGCAUCGCUCACUUUGCAUUCUCUGACCAUGAGGGACUGUACGACUGUCAUCAGAACACAGUUGGGUAUCAGAAGCUGCUUUCUCUUGUCACACGUUUGCCAUGAUGUGGGAAAUCAUGUUAUAUUGAUGAACUCUUAGGAUAUUAAAAACUCUUUAUUAAUUAAUAGUGAAAAAAUACGAACUCUACUUUUUGAAUACUCUGGAGUAUUGCAAGUCUAUGAUUUUCCUAGUUAUGUUCAUCAAAAUGAUAAAAAUUAAUUUCAUAAAAUCAUAGACUUGUGCAAUACCUCAGAGUAUUCAAACACACGCAUAGAGGACAAAAUAAAUUGAAAUGAAUAUGUUACUGUUUCACAUAUUAAUUUUUAAGAUAAUAUUUAUUUUCCUGCCAAAAAGUACACUUGUGAAACUAUUUAAAAAAGUACAUUUUCGUACUAUAAACGUCCCCUUGCAAGCAGCUAAAUUUGACAAAACAAAAUAAUUCAAUCUAGCUAGCACGAUAAUUACAAACCAAGUGCGGUUAUGUCCCUCCUAAUUGAUCUGUAUCCUGACUUGCUGCAAUGGUUCUAUAUGGUGCCAAAUAAAUUGAUGAGUACUCCCAAG